AUGGUUUCAAAAGAGGAGCCGCGUGCGAUGGUGGACAAACUUUCGUUUGUUUUACAGGAAUGCACCUUCAUUAUUUCUAUUAUGAGGAAAUCUGCUAAAUCUAGUGGAGGACCAUUAGCAACGCUACUUGGUAAUCAGUUCAUUCGAGAAGGUUCUUCAUUUGUUGAUGAUGAUUACGGUCCAAAACUUCCGAGCUUUCUUAAAACUUCUACUAAAUUCAGGGAUGACGAUCAUUUUCUUAGUGGGUUUGUUGAAUUAAGAUCAAUUUUGUCUGAGAUCGAAUCCAUUGAGGAUGUUGAUAUUCUGACACUGCUUCAGCCAUUUUUACUUUUAAUCAAAUCUCCUAAGAUUUCUUGUUACAUUACAGGCGCUGCAGUGAAUUCUUUGAACAUGUUUUUGAAGUAUGACAUUGUCAACAAAAAUAGAGAGAAUAUAUACCAGUGCAUAACUCAGAGUGUUUCUGCUUUGUCGCACUGUCGAUUUGAAGGUUCUGACCAGACUCAGGAUGAUAUUUUACUUGUUAAGAUCAUUCAAUUGUUAGAACAGAUCGCUUUGUCUGAAUUGGGUGAUUAUCUCAGAGAUGAUUCUAUGUAUGAGAUAAUAUCGACAUGCCUUUCUGUGGCUAUCAACACUAGAAGAAGAGAGAUGCUUCGAAGCGCUGCAGAUAUGGCUCUAUUGAAUAUCACAGAGAAGAUUUUCCGUAAGUUGCAAUACAUCGAAACUCAAAGCGAGGAGAAUCAUAACAUUAAGAGUACUGAAUUUGAUAUGGAUCCUUCUGACAGCACCGGUCUUCCUGACGAUACUAUUGGUGGUACAGGAAAGGAGAAAGUAAGGGAUUCAGAGGACAGCAGUGAAGCACCUCAACAGAUUGCAGUUUCGGAAAACGGAGACGAUUGCGUUACCGGCGCUGAAACUGAAAUUUCUGUAGAGUUGAAAGCUACUUCAAAUAAUAAUUCGGCAGAAGAAGGUUCGUCAGGAAAGGAUGAAAUUGGUGUCACAGUGAAGCAGAAGGAAAGAGCUUCUACAGAUUCUGAGACCCAGUCGAGUGGAAAUACAGAGACGGACAGCGCAAAGGGUGAUAUUACGGCCGCUGAUUUGGAGGAGGCCAAACCCUAUGGACUACCAUGUAUGAGAGAAUACCUUGUUCAUACUAUUGAUCUACUUUCUCCGCAGAACAAAAUCAGAUUCACAGAGAGUACUAGGCUAUUGGCUCUUGAGAUUUUGAGUAGAAUAGUUGAAGUUUGCGGUGAAGAAUUACAGAAACAUCCAACGUUGUUUCAAUUGAUCAGCGAUAAGUGUUGUCAUCAUUUGGUGCUAAUUCUCCGAUCCACUGAGUCUGGAAUCGUUCUUUCAAAUACCUUGAAGUUGUUCCUUGAUCUUCUAUUAAAUGCUCCAGGCCACCUAAAGCUACAAUUUGAGAUGUUUUUCCGUACAAUUAUGGGUUGCAUUAUCAGUGAUUGGUCGAUGCUUGAAAAGGACCUGGAUAAUAUGAACGCUACCGUGUUCGAUAUGUCAAAGAAGGGUAAGUUUGAAACUGUUACGUUGACCGAAGAAGAGGUGGAGGAAGUGGCUAAAGAAUUUGACAUUUCCAAACAGCCACUUUCUAAGGAGAUCAUAAUCGAGACUUUAAGUGUUUUGUGGUGUCGUUCGCCUUACUUAUUCAUCAAUUUGUUUAAGGUGUACGAUUGCGCUUUUGAUAGGGACGAUCUCACGUUAUCAUUUAUCAAGCUAUUGUGCCGUCUUUCAGGAACUGAUGCUUCCAUAUUCACUACGGGUAGCGUUCCUCCUAUUUGUAUGGAAGGUCUUCUAUCGCUUAUAGAGGGAAUGUUUGAACGGGUCAAAAAGGGAACCAAGAAAGGUAUCGAUCUCAGCAAGGUCAAGACGCAUCAGCUAUUACUUCAGCGAUCCAAAAAGGCCGAUUUUAUAGAAUGUACAAAGACUUGGAACAAAAAGCCUAAGAAGGGCUUGAGUCUUUUGCAGGAGAAGGGAUUCAUUAAAGAUUUACAGGACGGCAAAGAAGUGGCUAACUUUCUUUUCGAGAUGUCCCGUAGAAUUGAUAAAACAAAACUAGGUGAGUUAAUGGGUGAACCCGAGAAUAUUGAUCUUUUGAAGGAAUUCAUUAGUCAGAUGGACUUUCGGAACUUGAGGCCAGAUGAAGCUUUGAGACUGAUGUUGAGUAACUUUAGACUUCCUGGUGAAGCACAACAGAUAUCUCGUAUUGUAGAGUGCUUUAAUGAAGGCUACAUGAAUUGCCAGGAUAACUCUGCUGUCGAAAAGAAAGAAAAAAAUUUCGACUCUAAGGAUACUAAUGGAGAAGGCGAGAAAGAAGAGAAGGUUGUUCCUGGAAAGGACGCACUUUUCGUUUUAUCCUUCUCUAUUAUCUUAUUGAACACCGAUCUUCACAAUCCGAAUGUGAAGAAACCAAUGACGGUGGAAGAAUAUCAGAAGAAUUUGAGGGGUUGCUAUAACGGCGGCGAUUUUCCUUCGUGGUACACAGAAAGAAUAUACUACAGCAUUAAGGAAAAAGAGAUUGUGAUGCCAGAGGAUUUCAAGGGAAGCAGUAAAUGGCUUGAGUCUGAGUGGCACACAUUAAUUGCUGAGCAGGAGAGCAAGAUAACUAGCGGCAGUGAGAUGGGAUCUUUGGUCAGUAUUAAUGGUGAAUCCCUUGAAGUUCUUCUUCAAUUUGAUAGAAGAAUUUUCAAGAACACUGCUAAAUACAUUAUCAGCACUCUUGUGACUGCUUUUGACAACUCUACUAAUGAUAGUAUUAUCACAAGAAUGAUGUCUAGCGUUGAAAAAUGUGCCACGAUUGCCAUCUUUUUUAAGAUGGAUGAUAUAGUGGAUUCAAUAGUGGAUAUUGUGGCUCAUAUGACUACACUUACUGGCGUUAAACGGUCGCAGUUUGCUCUUGAGUUUGGCGAGGAAGUGCCGACCGUUCAGCUCAGUCCAGAACGUGGAGAGACUGGAGAGGAUGAGUCUAUAACGAUUAGUAAAUUGUCUGUGUUGUUUGGAAGGGAUUUACGUGCACAGGUCAGCCUAAUAGUUCUAUUGCGGAUUGUUAGAAGGACAGGGUUCAGAGUAUCGGAGCAAUGGCAGAACAUUAUCAAAAUUGCCUUGAAAUUGUUUGAAAUCGAUCUAAUCGAUCCAAACUGCUUCCCUGAAUUUCAAAGUAAGUUGAACUUGGGCAAGCUAACAGUUCCAAAGGCGGAAUACACUCUGAAUAGGUCCAACUCGCUCAAAGAUAGUUCCAUAUUUUCCACCUUUUCCUCUUAUUUGAAAGGCUUGUCAGACGAUACUCCCGAACCAACAGAAGAGGAGAUCGAGUGUACCAUGUCCACCAUCGAGUGCGUUAAGUCCAGUAACUUGAAAGACUUGUUCCGAAGUGUCAGUAAAACUACAACUAAGAACAUGGACUCAUUUGUCUCUUUGCUUCUCAACAGCUUGCCCUCCAAGGAAGAGAACAAAGAUCCUGCGUUUGUGGAGAAGACUUUGUUUUUGCUCGAGUCUUGCGUGUGCUAUCUCAUUAUAUCCGGUAACACUGAACUCAUUUCGAGGCUGCUCGAUAUAUGUGAUGGUUUGUUUGAUGCAGAACUGAAAAUAUCAACAAGUGCCUUGGCUAGACUCACUGCUUAUGAACUUCUAUUGCUUCACAACGGAAGCAUCAGUCAUGAGGAUUUAUUACAACGUUGCCUUGACAGACUGACUUCAAGUUUAGACAAGAAUCGAGAUAUGUUUCUUCGGCACAGCUUACCGAUUCUUCAACCCUUAGAGAUGCUUGUUAUUACUAAGGGAUCUUGGUGUGGCAAAAGUCUUGCCGCAAACUCUAGCUAUUGGAGUAUUCUCCGUGCUUUUGCAUCCGGAACUAAGAACACUGCAUCGGUGUACAGUUUCAUGGAGUCAGUAUUGGAUAAGCGAUCUGAGCUUAUUAACUACGAGAAUUAUAUGGAUAUAUUGGGAUUAUUGGAUGAAAUAUCUGCAGUGGGAGCUUAUGGGGCACAAUGGGAACAAGAAUACGAUAAGCUUACUGCCAGUGGGGUCGAUGUGGAAAGGAACAAGAAUCCAUUUCAGGAGUUGGUGAAUACGGCUUGCAAAUCUAUCUAUUUGACAGCCAAAUUGGCACAGAUCAUUGAGACGCCAGCAUUUUUGAAAUCCAUGAAACCCUCGGCAGAAGAAGACGAGCAGGGAAAGAAGCAGGCCUCUCCUUGGUAUCCAUUAAUUGAAGCGAUUUCUCACCAAUGCUACAAUCCUUGUAGGGAAGUUCGGGACUGUGCACUCAGGACUUUGACCAGUCUUCUUGUUUCGGACGGGUUGCCUAUAGAGAAAUUAUCGCCCGAAGCUGUCGUGGAUUCCGGUUGUUUCAGAUUAAUUUUGGAGGUGUUAAAUCCGGAGGUAACCGUUACAGAUCCUAACGGAAUGCUUAAGACACAGCAAGAUGUUAUAAAUCUUGGAUGCAAGAGUAUCAUGUUGUACAAGUUUGAAGACUUGAACCAACAGGUGGCUAAAUUGUUGACACUAACUGAUAAAUUGUUGAAUGCGAAUGUCAAACAGGUGGAUUUCCAAGAUGAAGUUCUUGAGAUCAUCAAGAAUGCUCUUACUGUGAAGGCUGAUGAACUUGAUUUUGAAAAGCUCAGCGGAGUCAAAAUGAGUCAGCCAUUGAGAAAGAUGCUGGCCACUGUUUCGAAGGAGAAAAUCAAGGAGUAG